AUGUCGCAGUCGUCCGUGUCGCAGUUCCAGUCGCAGAACUUGCUCGGGUCGAGUCAAGAGGGAGAUCAGCUGUGGCGGACGCCAGAGCUGCUGCCGACAGCUCUCCCGCCGCCUCCUGCAACUUGCGGCAUACAACUACAAGAGCUUGAGAAAAGUAUCUCGAAGGCUCUUUCCCAGCAAAUGCUCGACCAGAAACAACAACAGCAGCAGCUCCUAACGGACUUUGUCAGUCCGCUCUCAACGUCAGUGGACGAUAUCCAGAAGAAUCUCGCGUUGUGCACUGAAGCGCAGCACAAACACGACGCAGCUGUUGCGGAGCUUGCAGCAGGCGUGAACAACGUGAUGGCGACAGUCUCGGCGCUUCGUGAGCAGAGUUGUAGCAAUAGCACAGCAGUUUGUGACGAGAUCCGCACGGCAGUGAUGAACGAAACAGCGGGCGUGAAAGCGGUGCUCACGAGCCUCCAAGCCCGUUUUGAGACAGUGGAAGACAGCGUCAAGUCAUGCUCAGGUCUCGUUGCGGAGGUACGUGAAGACGCCGGCACGAAGCACGACGCACUCUUGUCAGCUGUGGCAGCAUCCGCUUGCUCUUGCACUCAAGAAGUCACACCUGUCGAAGCACCGGUGAGUGCUGAGAGACCAAGUAGAAAGCGAAAACGGAGCGUCGAAGCACGGGAAAUGGAUUCCAGGAGCUAUACAUUAGCCUCACUUCUUUGCUCACCAUUAUGUGAAUCUCCAGUCCAAUAUCGAGAGGACGACGACGACGAGGUGUGGAGAGAGAAAGAGGCAAGUGGGAUGCAAUGCACGAGCCUUCAAGGAGCACUUCAGCAGAUUGAAGCUCUCCGCGCAAGGCGUCGCAGCAUUCUGCGAAUAUGGUAA